GAGAGAGAAGGGAGGAGGCGCCGGCGCCGCGGCGGCCUGAGCCGCGGGGGGGCGGGGGAAAGGGGCACCAACAUGGCGGCUCCAUAUUAACUUUCCCCCCCUUCGGCAGCCGCUGCCACCGCCCGCCGCCCCCUCGCCUCGGCAGCCGUCAUGCCGGGCAUGAUGGAGAAAGGAGCCGAGCUCCUGGGGGGCGGCAAGAGUAGGGGGGCCCCCAACGGCACCAAGAACGGCGGCGGAGGCGGCGGCAGCCCCGGUUCCAACGGGCACUUUUCUGAGGCGGAGAGCGGAGGAGGCGGCGGUGGCGGCGGCGGCGACAGCGGAGACGAGCACGAUGUAGGAAUGAGGGUCGGAGCAGACUAUCAAGCUCGUAUUCCUGACUUUGAUCCUGGAGCUACAAAAUACACAGAUAAAGACAAUGGAGGGAUGCUUGUGUGGUCUCCAUAUCAUAGUAUUUCAGAUGCCAAGUUGGAUGAAUAUAUUGCAAUAGCAAAGGAAAAACAUGGCUACAAUGUGGAACAGGCACUUGGCAUGUUGUUCUGGCAUAAGCACAACAUUGAGAAAUCACUUGCAGAUCUCCCAAAUUUUACUCCUUUUCCGGAUGAGUGGACAGUUGAGGAUAAAGUCCUGUUUGAACAAGCUUUCAGUUUCCAUGGGAAAAGCUUUCACAGAAUCCAGCAAAUGCUUCCAGACAAGACUAUUGCAAGUCUUGUCAAGUAUUACUACUCCUGGAAGAAAACUCGUUCUAGGACAAGUUUAAUGGACCGCCAAGCUAGGAAGCUGGCAAACAGAAAUAAUCAAGGCGACAGUGAUGAUGAUGUGGAAGAAACUCACCCAAUGGAUGGAAAUGAUAGUGAUUAUGAUCCCAAGAAGGAAACAAAAAAAGAGGGAAGUAAUGAGCAGCCUGUUCAGUCCAGCAAAAUAGGAAUGGGUAGAAGAGAGUAUCAGAGCUUACAACAUCGUCACCACUCCCAGCGUUCCAAAUGCCGUCCUCCCAAAGGCAUGUAUCUAACUCAAGAAGAUGUGGUAGCUGUUUCAUGUAGCCCCAAUGCUGCCAACACUCUUCUUCGGCAGCUAGAUAUGGAGUUGAUCUCAUUGAAGCGACAGGUUCAGAAUGCUAAACAAGUAAACAGUGCACUUAAGCAGAAAAUUGAAGGUGGGAUAGAAGAAUUCAAACCUCCUGAGUCAAAUCAAAAAAUCAAUGCCCGUUGGACAACAGAAGAACAACUUCUUGCAGUUCAAGGUGUCCGCAAGUAUGGUAAAGAUUUUCAAGCUAUUGCUGAUGUAAUUGGCAACAAGACUGUUGGUCAAGUGAAGAACUUCUUUGUAAACUACAGGCGCCGGUUUAACUUAGAGGAGGUAUUGCAGGAGUGGGAAGCAGAACAAGGAACCCUGGCUUCUAAUGGUGAUGCCUCUGCUUUAGGGGAGGACACAAAAAAUACUAAUGUGCCAUCAGGAAAGACCACUGAUGAUGAAGAUGAGGCCCAGAUCCCACAGACCCCUCAGUGUGUAGGGUCUUCUCCACCUGCCCAGGCGUCUACUCCAACACCAGCAACCCCUGUAACAUCUCUGAACCAGCCUCCUCCAUUACUUCGUCCAACCCUUCCGGCUGCUCCAGCUCUCCAUCGCCAGCCUCCACCACUUCAGCAACAGGCUCGGUUUAUUCAGCCAAGGCCAACCCUAAACCAGCCCCCUCCACCACUCAUCCGCCCAGCUAAUUCCAUGCCUCCUCGUCUAAACCCAAGACCAGCGUUAUCCUCCACUGGCGGCCCGCAGCCACCAUCGCUUAUCGGAAUCCAGACAGAAUCACAGUCCCCUCUGCACUAAAGGAAUAGGGCAGAACUAUGGUAAAUGACAAAAUUGUAUCAGUGUCUAUUUUUCCUCAGAUAAUGAAGGGGGAAAGGCGGGGGGAAACAAGCCUUCCAAAGUAUUGAAUCAAUCUUGAACAAAAAGAGCAAGGUGGAAACCUUAAGAGCAGAAAAUAUGUGAUUGGCCAACUGUAUGAAAGAAACUUCAGUACAGUAGCUUGUUACAGCAAGACCACGUCCAUGAAAUCAGACUUUUUACACAGCUAACUUCUGGGGGGGGAGUUGGGGGGGGGGACAUUCAAUGCACUAAGACUUCAGCUGGUUUUUACUCUAUUUAUUUUAUAAAAUUCUUUAUAUUCAACCACACAGAAACAAACCGUAAGGAGAGUGCAGAAGUUCCAACUUCAGCUCUGAAGCAGGCUAUAAACCUGAUAUAUUGGGGAAAUUAUUUUUACAUGUUCCUAUGUUAGGAUCAGAAGCAUUACUAACAAUCCUGCCAUUUAGAUUUUGACAGAUAACAUAACUUCAUACAUUUCUUAGGCUUGUAUUUUUCUAAAUUUCUUUAUAAAUUGCUUUUCUUCAGAAAAAAAAGUUGUAUUGAAGAUUUGCAAAGCUAAGGUACAAACUAGGUUAAACCUAUCCAUGUGCUCUGAUACUAGAAGUAUGACUUACUCGUGCAAAAUCUGUGGUAGGCAGUGGAUGGGACAGCAUCUUACUUUACAUUACAUUGAAAACUUAACACCAGUAACAACUUCUGCUGCCAUGUGGCUACUAAAGUUGUCUUCUUUUUAAAUAAUCUUUGUAGAACUGCUUUUUAUCUGAAAUUUUAUUCUAUUAUCUAAGUUCUGGCAAUAAGUUAGCAAAGAGUGCCCCCCUGAAUUCCAUAUAGGGGCAGUGUGAAACAAUAAAAUAUUUUAAAAUGUAUUUAACUGUCAUUGCUUCUCAGGCAACCUUAAUCUAUUUUCCUUGCCAGUGUAUUUCUCCCAUGUUACUUGGUAUUAAAGCAAAUACCAAAUCAUGCUUUACUGAAUCAGUCAGGAAACAGUGCGGCUCCAUGUAGAUUUGAUUCCCUUACUCUGAAGCAAAAAAAAUGCUAGGCUACUGAAGUCUUCUGUUUUCAUGAAAAGAUGUGUUUCUUCUUUACUCUCCCAGCUAACCUCCCCACUUCUUACGGAAGCAAUGGUAUUUAACAUUCAAAGUUUAAGGUUUCUGUGUACAAUAAAGUUGUACCAGCCUCUUAUGCAUACUGCAUUUUACAGCUCAAGUGUCAAAACUUUUAGAUUAACACCUUAAUCAUGAUUAAGGUGCUAAAGGGAUUUAUCCAUUAACUUUGUUUUCUCAAGUCUUUUUUUUUUGAAGAAUUUAUUUAAAUAAAUAGAAUUUUCUUUUGUUUGUUGUAUAUUAAAUACAAAUGUCCCAUCCAUGGGUUCUUCUUCAUAUUAUAUCUGUAUUCCCAGUCACAGUGUUUGAUUUUAAAUACUAGGUUUUCAAAGGAAAAAAAUGUGGCACAAUCAAUUGCCAGAAUUCUUGGGACUUUGCAAUAUUGCAACUUUGGUUCUGGGGUAAAUGUUAACCCUCUGAAUUCUUCCAACCUGUCCAUUGUGCAUUUUGGCAUAACACUCUAAUAUCAAAACUACUAUAACAAUGCAUUUUCAGUAUUUAAGUAUGUAGAUCAGGUCUCCCAGUGACUGUGUUGUCCUUUUUUUGCUAACUUUUUUGCUAACUUUUUGUCUUGUCUCUUGUUGCUAGAACUUCAGUAUAAAGCAGGUUGGGUGCUGCCGCAAAUAUGGCCAUUUUAGACUAUCAAAACUGUAACUGGGCACUUGUGGGUGAGAUAGGUAUGUAGUGUAAUAUUGCUUUACAUACGCUAUACCACACAGUAAUGAAAUGUUUAGCAUUUGUACUGAAUAUGUACAUAGCAAAAUGUUGUCCUUUUUAAAAAUUGUGUGCUUUCCAGAUUAUGUGCAUACAGCUUGCACGUCCUGUUUUGGGUAGGGGGUUGUGUUAAGCAGUGUUUUUGCCUGGAAGAGUGAUAUGCUUGCUGCUUAAUCAAAGAAUUAAAGUUUCCAAGGAAUCUGUGUCUAUUUUUAUGUACCUUGUAAUGGUUUAAAAUGUUUAGGGCCCAUAUACUGUGAUUCUCUUCUAAAUUCAUUUAUAUUUUUUUAAAGAUUAGAAAUAAAACUAUAUGAUUUUUCAUUUGAAAA